CGCUGGGGGCCGGGCGGACGCACGUGGGCGUUGCCAGGACGUUGCCAGGGCGACCGCGUCGAGCAUCGGCUGGGCUGGAGGAUGAGCGCGGCGGCGCCGGCCGAGGUGGAGGAGUCGGUUGCGCGGCGCUACGAGAUCAAGCGGCGGCUGGGCAAGGGGGCCUACGGGAUCGUGUGGAAGGCGACGGAGCGCCGGACGGGCGCCAGCGUGGCCGUCAAGAAGAUCUUCGACGCCUUCCGCAACCGGACCGACGCCCAGAGGACCUUCCGGGAGAUCGCCUUCCUCCAGGAAUUUGGAGGGCAUCCAAACAUCAUCCAGCUCCUGAACGUCAUCCGGGCUCAGAAUGACAAGGACGUUUAUCUGGUUUUCGAAUCCAUGGAGACAGACUUGCAUGCAGUGAUCAAGAAGGGAAAUUUACUGAAAGACAUUCAUAAGUGCUACAUCCUGUACCAGCUCUUGAAAGCCACCAAAUAUAUCCACUCAGGAAAUGUUAUUCACAGGGACCAAAAGCCUUCCAACGUCUUGCUGGACAGAGACUGCUUUGUGAAGUUGUGCGACUUUGGACUGGCUCGUUCCCUGGGCCAAAUCGAAAAAGAUGAAGGCAACCCUGCACUUACGGAGUACGUUGCUACUCGCUGGUACCGAGCCCCUGAGAUCCUGCUUGCAUCAAAAUGUUACACCAAGGGGGUGGACAUGUGGAGCAUCGGCUGCAUCUUGGGGGAGAUGCUCCUGGGGAAGCCUCUGUUCCCAGGGACAUCGACCGUCAAUCAGAUAGAGCAGAUCCUGCAUGUUAUUCCUCCCCCCAGCGCAGGAGAUAUAGAGGCCUUCCAUUCUGACUACCAAGCCUCCGUUAUCAACCGUGUGAGCUGCCAGCCCCAGCUGACUCUGGAGGAGCUCUUGCCUGCCUCCACCCCUCCCCAGGCCCUGGACCUUCUGAAGCGGCUCUUGGUGUUCAACCCCGAGAAGCGGCUGACGGCAGAGGAGGCCCUGGAGCACCCUUAUGUGCAAAGGUUCCACUGUGCUGCCAAAGAGCCUGCUCUCAACCACAGUGUGACCCUUCCUCUUGCUGAUGACGUGCAGCUCUCGGUGGCCGAGUAUCGCAAUCAGGUUUAUGAGGUAACCCCGCUGCCCCCGGUCCAGAGGAACCCUGAGGGGUCCUUCAGCUCUGCUCUGGCCCAGAGAGCUGAAGGAAGACGCCUGUCCCGAAGGGGUAGGAACUUUUGGGAGAGAGUGACUGUGACGCACUCGGGUUUGCCUUAAUGGAGGCAAGCAUGA